CGACAAUAAAACAAACUACUUUUACCUAUCAUUCUUGAAUGUAUCAAGUUGUCCACCCGUCUCAGCAUUCACAAAAAGCUCGAAAUUUCUCAAAUUUCAAUACAAUUCAAAAGCGAAAACUUCAUUGCUUUAAGGUUAAUCUUCUGAUUAUUGGCAAUUUAUUAUCAACGUAGUAAAAUACCUCGCAGGAAUGGUCAUGGAGGCUCCCCCAUCGCCCCAGAGUGUAGGACGAGAAUUUGUACGACAGUAUUACACUUUACUCAAUGAAGCCCCCACGCAUUUACACCGCUUUUACAACAAUCAGUCUUCGUUCGUGCAUGGUGGUCUUGACCCUCCCAACCGUGAGACCAGUCCCAUGAUUGGUCAAAAGCAGAUACACCAAAAGAUUCAGCAACUGAACUUUCGUGACUGCCAUGCGAAAAUUACUCAGGUUGAUGCUCAAGCAACAUUGGGUAACGGAGUUGUGGUACAAGUCACUGGGGAAUUGUCGAAUGCAGGUCAACCGAUGAGACGUUUUACGCAAACUUUUGUUUUGGCUGCUCAAAGUCCGAGAAAGUAUUACGUGCAUAAUGAUAUUUUUCGGUAUCAGGAUGAAAUUGUUUCUGAUGAUGAAUGUGAACCGGAAUCCCGUUCCGAAAAUGAGGAUGACUUGGUGCAGGAACGUCCUAUCAUGAAUGAGGUUUCUCAAAUCGCCCAACAACCCAUGUCUUAUUAUAACCCUAACAGUGCUCCUUUACAACCCAAUAUGCCUCCUGUAUCUCACCAUCAUGCGCAACAGCCGACUAACAUUACUCAUGUUAUCCCUCCUCAACCUGUUAUUGCUACUGUAAAUGGAAGUCUUCAUCCUGAUGAUAUCAAUGCUUUACAAGGUGGGCAAUUGCCACAUGUAACGCCCGUACAAGGUCAAAAUAUUGGAAAUCCAAUGGUAAACAUGCAACCAACAUUACCACCAUCAAGUCCCUUAUUGCCACCUGAGGAAAAUCCGCAAUCUACCAUUGAAGAACCAGCUGUAGAUGUUUCAUUAGAUAAUAAUUACUUAUCUGUACAAGAUUCUAUGGAAGCUGCUGAUCUAAAUCAGGACAUUGCUUUAUCAAAUGAACCAAAAACUUACGCGACGCUCGUGAAGUCUGGGGGCACUACAAACUUUUCAGCAAAUGUUAUCCCAUCUAGCGGUGGAUAUAACAAUCCACCAAAGUCUUUGUCCCCACCUUUACCACAGACUCGAUAUGACGCUCGCGAUCAAUCAAUAACCUCUCCUCAAAUGGGAAAUCAGAAUACUUCAGGACAGCGACUAAAUUCCAAUCGUGGACCUCGAAAUAAUCAGCCUCGUCCACCAAGGCAGGACUCUCGUUCUACAUCUGGAGGAAAAACGUUUAUGGAUACUGAUAAUGCUGUGAAUUACGAUGAUCGGCGACGCUCGCAAGGACACGGAAACUCCUUUGGGGAUAAUCAUCAACUUUUCCUUGGAAAUGUUCCCCAUAUUGCCACAGAGGAUGAAUUACGUGACAUAUUCUCCGCAUUUGGACAAAUUGUGGAUUUACGAAUUCACAGUAAACCAAACGCAAAAGCUACAACACCUGGAGUGCGAGCACCGCCGAAUUACGGCUUUAUUACAUAUGAAAAUCAACAGGCAGUGCAAGCUUGUUUAGCCGCAAAACCCAUAUACUAUCCAGAGAAAAAUUCAGAAAAAGCUGUCAUGCUAAAUGUGGAAGAAAAGAAAAUAAAGGACAGGGUACCGUAUGGCAAUCGGCCGCCAUCAGAUAAUAUGGGUGGGAUGAGGCCUCGCGAUAAUGGGCAACAACGACGUCCAGGUCCACCACGUGGUGGCGGAGGUGGUAAUGGACCUGUGGGUGGUCCCCCAGGUCGUCCCAACAGUUUCAACAGGCCACCACAAAAUCGUGGCAACAACACCGCGUACAAUAAUCGCCGCUAGCUAUUUACAUUUACCUACAAGAAUAAUUGUUUCAUUCAUCUGCAGUGCUGUCACAACAGGCAUCAACAAACUUUUUUUAUCAGUCUAGUUCGUGAGUGAAUGAAAUGUUAUGAACCAGUAUCGUGUUAUCACUUUAUCUAGUGAUAUUUGUUACAAUAUUUGUGCCAACAGUGAACAUUGUAUGGUGGCAGUGUAUUUCUAUGCAAACUGUUUUCUUUGUAUUAGUUUACCGUACUUUUAAUUUCAAAAAGGAAGUGUGAUAAGUAGUAAAUAUGUUAGUUGAUUUCAAAUACGGGCUGUGUAUUAGUUUUAAAUUUCAGCGAAAAUUACUUUUUCUUGCAAAUUUUGCUACAAGUGACACCUUGUUAUUCUGGAAUAGUUUGUGUAUUAAUACGGCUGCCGCAUAUUUGUGGUGUGCUUAUUUUACAUUUUCUAUUUUAUAACUUAUACAAUUACUGAUUUGUUGCUUCAGUUUCGUACAUAUUUUAGUUUGUUUUUAUGGCUUUUUUUAAUACCAAACGAGAAAUAUAAAAGUACAAGGUAGGCACUUUUGGUUUUUUUUAUUUCAUAACUACGCAGCAUGCACGAUUGUGUUCUUGGCGCAUUCUGUAGUACCUACGUAAAGUAACAUUCUUUUAAGCAGCUAGUUUCAUAUUAGCAAGGACCAUUACUGUUAACUGUAGGUCUUCCUAAAUUGAAGUUGGUAUAGAUCAUCUAUAAUAAUUCGAACUGAUUUUACAGGAAUACUAUUUAGUUUCACUUUAGUUUAAUGUUCAAGGAAUUUUCAUUUUUUUUAGAUGUUUCUUAAUCCUUAAUAAGGUAAAAGUGAGUUCUUUGCUAAAGUUGUCAAUAGCAUUUUUAAAAGUCAGGUGAAUAUAUAAGUUUUCUUGUAGAAAUUUAAUUUAUAAUAAUUUUUUAAUUUAUAGUAUAUUUAUAGUUCGUGAUAACUUCAUUAGUAAAUUUCAUUGUAUGCCUAAACUAGAGGUCUUUUCUCUUGUCUUGCUAGUCUGAAUGUUUUUUUAUAUCUUUGUUCUUAGUUUUAUAUGCUC